CGUUUCAGUCGUUAUUUUAAAUAACUUAUCGUGUUUUACACUAUUUGCUCGCAAAUAUAGAAUAUAUACAUACACAUGUUCUGACUACGAAACAUACUCAUUUAUAUUUUUAGAAGCCGUUUGCGGGACUCGAACUUACAUCAAUACACAACACUUGUCCCUAUUUAGCAGACGAGUCCAGUACUAAAGUACCUGUACAUGCUAGGGUCCGCAAUAGAUCUACUAACACACACGGGUGGGUUUUUAUGUAAACAUCGGUUGUGGUAGAGACCGCAACGUUUUGUGAUCGUUUAAACACGUGGAUCAAAAUGGAGUUUACCGUGGACAAACUAGGCGAUAAAGUACAAGAGGCCUACACCAGGAUCAAGUCACAUGUCUGGAAAACGCCACUUAUGUACUCACUCUACCUGAGUACGGAAGGACAGGCCGAAGUGUAUUUAAAGCUAGAAAGUGAACAACUGACUGGUUCUUUUAAGCUGCGAGGAGCGUUCAAUAAACUGCUUACACUGAACAAAAAACCUGAUCAACUGAAGAGGGGCAUUACAACUGCUUCGUCGGGUAACCACGGUUUGGCGUGUAUAGCAGCAUGCAAAGCCUGCAAUGUGCCAUUAGAGGUCUUCGUGUCCGAGGAGGUCAACCCGACUAAGCUGCAGAAUAUGAGGCAUCACGGUGUCAAGGUCACGCUACAUGGCCAUGACUGUGUGGAUGCGGAAAUUAUGGCCCGCCAGACCGCAGCGGAAACCGGAAAGCUGUAUAUAUCCCCGUACAACGAUGUCGACGUCAUGGCGGGAAACGGAACUGUAGGCUGUGAAAUACACAACGACUUACCGGAAGUGGAUUAUGUCUUUGUGUCCGUUGGUGGAGGUGGCUUCAUCGGCGGUAUAGCUGCCUACCUCAAGAAAGUUAAUCCGAAAAUACAGGUGAUUGGUUGUCAACCUCGUAACUCCAAGGUCAUGUACGAGUCGGUCAAGGUAGGUUACAUAAAACACGAUGAAUCGCUAGCCACUCUCUCCGAUGGAACUUCAGGAGACAUAGAAGAUGGAUCCAUUACGUUUGAGCCGUGUCGCCGAUACGUGGACGACUGGAUCUUGGUAGAUGAGCAUCAGAUCGCUGACGCAAUCUUCCUCGUGCUCGACAAACACCACAAGGUUGUCGAGGGAUCGGCGGCCGUUGCUGUAGCUGCGUUCCUAAGCGACAAACAGCGUUUCCGGGGCUCCAAGGUGGUCCUAGUGAUGUGCGGUGGUAACAUAGCAACGGACACGAUACGGGAGAUAUUGAAAACGCAUACAUGAACAUCCCGGUCAUUACAAUUUGAAACAAACAACAGUAGUAUUAUUUCGCAGAAGAAAAACAAUAUUUUAUGAGCUUUUGGUAUAUGUUUUCCGAUUGAAAAUAUAUUUAUUUUAGAAUGAUACAAUCAUGUUGUGUAAUCAGAUAAUUUUUGUUUACUAUUGUAUAGUUUGUCGUCAAAAUACACCGUGGCUCCCUUC